AUGAUCCGGUUGCUCCAUGUCAGGACAAAAGAGUUCAAGGAAUUUCACGAUCUCAGCUCAGUGCCAGACUACGCCAUUCUAUCCCACAGAUGGGUCCAUACGCUAAGAAAUGGAAAAUAUCGAGCGCUUGAACUAUCGUUCACAGAGUUCUCCUUGGGAACCGGCGAUGAUCGAGGAUACGCGAAAAUCGACAAAGCUUGCGAGGCUGUUCGCGACUUGUCACAAAAUCUUCGUACCGUCCUCGAUUGGAUAUGGAUCGACAGUUGCUGUAUUGACAAGAACAACAACGAAGAGCAUUCGGAAGCUAUCAAUUCAAUGUAUGAGUGGUAUGCAAAAUCCUACGUAUGCAUCGCCUAUUUGGAUGAUGCAGAUCCAUUCGAUGAAGACAACCCCUCUGAAUGGUUCAAGAGAGGCUGGACCCUCCAAGAGCUCAUAGCGCCCGAGAGAGUCCUUUUCUACAACAAAGAUUGGAUCGGUUGCGGCAGCAGGAAUAGCUACAAUCCAGGCACAUACGAUCAGCAUUCAUUCCAAGACCAAAGUCGGGCAAUCGCCUCUAUCACUCGCAUAGACACCGCGCUACUUAAGCUCGAGAAGCGUAAGGACAUCAAAAGACGGCUGAACUCCAUCCCUGCAUGCCAGAAGAUGUCAUGGGCAUCAGACCGGAGCACUACCAAAGACGAGGAUAUGGCCUACUGUCUGAUCGGUAUUUUCGAUAUACCUCACAUGUAUUUGAAGAGAGGAGAAGGCAAGCGUGCCUUCCUCCGCCUUCAGGAAGAGAUCAUUAAGCAAAGCAACGACUUGACCCUGUUCGCGUGGAAGCUUUCUGGGGACGCUGACGAUGCUUGCAUGGACGACAAUUGCCUUAGCUUGGGAGACAUGAGCGAAAACGCCCCGGAAAACGCGCCAUUCUUCGACUCCAGUCCAACUUCAGGCUUACAUGGGAUAUUCGCAUGCGGCCCACGUCAUUUUCGGUAUGCUUCGCAAAUAGAGCCAACACAGCUCGCCGUAUAUAACGACGAGGUCACCAUUACCAGUAGGGGGGUUAAACUCACCACUCCGCUGCUGGGUUCAGGACCCUUUCUUCCGUUCAAAAUGCCCCUAUACUGCACAGAUGGAGAUUCCUCAAAUCUCUUGAGCAUUGAGCUUCGACUCCUUGGAGGAUCUAUUUACGCUCGUGCUAAUUGCGCGCAACUACCUCUGAUCCGCAAAGGAGCGAAGGUGAUCCCCAAUCAGGAUGAUGUUUACUUGGCACACAACGUUCAUCACUUCCAGGAUUGUGCGGGGCAAAUGCAUAAGCAUGCCAUACGCCUACCAGAAUCGAUACUCGAUCAUUUGCAACGUGUGCACGUAUCACCAGGCUAUCUAUGGAGCAGUAAGCACAAUCUGGUGAUCACAAAUGGGCGUCGGUUUUUUGUCGGCUACGCGAACUAUCAAUCUAACAGGUCAUCGAAGACCGUGGUCACUUUGCUCUUCGGUCUAGACCACUUACAAAGACCAUGGUUCUGCCUAUCCAAUGCGGACGAAAGCUUCGAACCACAUAGUCUAGAAAGCCGGAAGCUAUACCUAGAGCGAGUUUGGCGACCAGCUAGCCAACACGCCCAGACAGCCUACCUCGACGACGAGAAAACCUUCAACAUUAACCAGAUGGAUCCCAACGGAUACUUACUGGGUUCAAUGCGAGCAAAUCGUCAGCGAUACUGCGAUCGAGAUAUUUUCGAGGUGGAGUUUCUGCACACCUGGCAGAGCCAAAAUACCACCAGAAUGGACGCAGAACUAAAUAGCAAGGACAGCAGCUCACCUGCCAUGGUAGCUGAUACAAAUACAACCGAUCCUGUCGGACUAACCCACGCGAGUCCUAUCUUCGGCCCACAAACCACUUCUGACGAAUUUGAGAUCUAUCCAUCAGCCGGACAAUCCGCUGACUACAAUGACCUCUUUAAUCCUCUAUUUGAUCCUGCUAUAGGUGUCUCCUACGAAUUCCCUGUACCAUCUGAUAGCUUUAGUUGGGAAGACGUGGAGUGGGGAGUUUCGGACUUCGAUGUGCGAAUGCCCCUAAGUCCUCCUCCUCCAUCUGCAAACAGUGGUACAAUCGCAUACCAGCCUACGGGAGUAACACAACAGUUUCCUCAGCCUCAUAUGUCUCCAGCAGGCAGCCCGUACACUUCCAUAGGGUUGACGCCACAAGUCCGACCUUUCCCCAGCAUCGCACAUGCAGGAUUACAACGCAGCGACGCCCCAAGGCCCCACUUCGCGCCAGUGGCAGGUCCUGCGCAAAUUCCUCAUACCCAGCCGAGCAGUGGCAAUCAUGCACCACAGGACUAUCAGAUGCAACUCAUGCUUCUAGAUCAGCAAAAUAAGAAGCGCUUGUUGAUGGCUAAGCAAGAACGAGAUGGCAACGACAGUCACACGCCAGACCAAGGCCAGCAUGAACCGCAGGACUAUCAGAUGCAACUCAUGCUUUUAGAACAGCAAAACAAGAAGCGCUUGUUGAUGGCUAGGCCAGAGCAAGAUGGCAACAAAAGUAAUACGAUACUCCAAGGCCAGCAGAUGCAUCUCAUGAUCUUAGAACAGCAAAACAAGAAGCGCUUAUUGAUGGCCAGGCAGGAGCAAGAUGCCAACAACGGGGGCACUCUAUCCCAAGGCCAGCAUGAACCGCAACAAGAUCAAACAAAAGAACUUGAAAGUAUUGCAGAGGUAGGGGAACAGUCACCUUCAAGGUCGAUCAGCGAGAGCGACCCGAAUCAUGACUUACAAGACCAACCAAUGCGGGAUGUGGAAAGCAGCCAGGACGAAGCCAAAGAGAACCAGGGGAAGUGA